CGUGAUUUCGGGCCGCGAAUUCCGGAGUUUUUCCGCCGUUGGCGCAUCCACGCGACGCGAGUCGCGUCGAGUCCGCGAGUGUCCGCGCGUUCCUCGCCCGCCGUGAGCCGCGGAGCCGUCGGUUGGCUCGCGGGCGAUGCGCCGCCGCGCCAGUCGCGCCCGAAGCCGAGAAAGUUGAGGACCGUGCCCGCCGCCGAAGGAACGAAGCCGCGGAGAGGAGAGCCCGUCGGUCGCGUGCUCCGCCCGCCGCUGGCGCGCACACCGGCCUGACCCACCGGGCAUGGAGAGCCCUCGCCCGCACCCGGCCCGACCCACAGGAGACGACGAUCCCAGGAAGUCGGCCCGAGGAGCGAUGCAGAGGCCGGCCGGUGGGCUCGACGGGGCCGUGGCCUCGCAAUGACCGAUCGGCCGACCGUCGGCCGGACGUGAGGACUCCAGGGGCCGAAGUCGCGGAGGAAGUCGGCGUCGGGGGCCCCCGAUGCUCUGAGCCGGCCGGACCCAGCACCACCGACCAAUGGAGGAGACGACGAUGCGCGCCUCGCCGGGGCGCCGGCUCUCGCAGAUCCUGGACCCGCUGGCCCGACUGACGUCGGAGCUCGGCUCGACGUCCUCGGCGCCGUGCAGCCCGAGGCUCGGGGCCCGAGUGGAGUCGAGCGCUCUCGAGGAGGGCGCCGGGGGCCGAGUUGCGGCGUCCUCCGGCGAAGAGGGCCGAGCUCGGCCGAGCGGGCCCGAUAGCCCUCGCCUCCUGCCGCGCCGGGCCCGCCAGGCCCCCACCCCUCCUCCCCGACCCCGCAACAGCCCCGUGCACUUCAGGGACUCGCCCUACGUCAACGUGCCCAGCCUGCACUUCCACAGGGACAAGAGCUUCGCCGAGAGCGCCCGGAGCGCCGGCUACCAGGAGCUGAGGGAGGGCUCCAAGGCCAGGGCCAGCCCUUACGACUUCACCUCCGAGCCCAGCGGACGCGUCGAGUACGCCGAGCGACGCACCUUCGGGGCCCAGACCGACCCGGGACUGACGUUCGACCCCAAGGUCCCCCUCGAGGUCGGCACCCCCCGCGGCCGCUCGCCCUACGACGCCGGGCCCUCCGUUCGGGCCCCCCAGGUCGAGCGCGCCCUAUCCUUCACCGGCAAGACCGAUGCCGCCCCCCUUCCGGUCAGGGCCAACGCCUUCGCCCCGGCCGAUCUCAAGAAGGACAAGGCACCCUAUGCCGGUAAGGGCUUCGACGGGUACCCGCCACCCGCCCCCGAGGAACUCAACUGGCAGGAGCGCUGUCUGGAGCUGCAGCUCGAGCUCCAUCGGAGCCGCAGCCAGGCCACCAGGGUCCGGGACAUGCUGCGAGAAAAGCUUUCGGAGCUGGAGCAGCGAGUCCUGGAGGCGGAAGGCAGGGCAGACGAGGCGGAAGACAAGGUACGGAUGAUGGAGGAGCGGCUGGUGAAGGGUGAAUAUUGCUUGAGCACGUCCAGUGUCAGCACUCCGCCGCACUCGUUACCAUCCACCUCGGGCACUCAGAAUGAUAAGAUCGAAGAUGUCCACUGUGCCUGCAUCACGAAGCUAGAAACUCAAGUGGAGGAGCAAAGGCAACUGCGACUCCAAGACGCAAGGCAGGUUGAAGCAAAAGCAGCACGUAUUAAAGAAUGGGUAACAAAUAAGUUGCGAGAAUUGGAACAACAGAACCAACAUCUGCGAGAGCAGAACAAUAAGUGCAAUCAACAACUAGAACUGCUUCGGAAUCAUAUUACUAAUAUUGGAUUGCGACCACCAGCACCGACAAGAGCAUCUUUAUCGCUGGAGGUAGAUCCAACCUUGCGCAGACGUUCCGAAAGUUUGGAAAGCACUCCGCAGAUUGUUUCUGAAAGUGUUCAAAGUUCGGUUCCGGAACCACAAACUGGCACUAGGCACAGGAGACAUUUAUCUGCUUGUGGAACGAUCCAGCAAGGAAUCCCCCUAACAAAUAUGGAUUCCAGUCUUUUGUCCGAGGAGCUGGCAGCUGCUGUCGAAAAUUUGGUUAUGUUGCCCAGUAUUCCAGGGGUCUCCGAAACGAAUCGAGACAGUGGCAGCUCAGAGGCCAUUCACGAUUAUGCAGAAAUUUAUACACCAAGCAGGGAAGGAAUUAAUUGGAAUCAAAGUGGAGGACAAGCCCCUCGACCACCCACACCACCAUUGCACAGAUUUCCAAGCUGGGAAGCAAAAAUAUAUCAGGUGGCAGAUGGUGGACUCGGUAUAGGUCAACCACCCAACGAAGAAUCAGCACCUUCGACCACUACCAAUACGACAACUUCUUCGAAACAUUCCCAUGCAACCGGACAUAAUUUAACAGCUCACAAUUCUCAGGGCUACUGCGAUAUAUCAGUACCUGUGUAUGCUACGGUUAAAGGUCGAGCGAGUCAAAUCAGGUCAAUGCCCUUUGGAGACAGUUCUGAUGAUAGUUCAGAUGGCGAAGAACAUCCAAAUCAAACAGAGACGAAUACGAGAAUUACGAACAGCUCAUCGGAUAACACUGACUCGUCUCUGGGUAGUGGUAGCAGUCCUUCGAAGAGUGUUAAAACCACCAGCAGCCUUAGUCCUGCUAAAAGGAGUUCGAGUGGUUCUCCCAGUAAAAGUGUAAAACGUGAUACCUCCUUGGAGUCAGGUCUCUCCGAGGACUAUGCAAUACCCCCCGAUGCCCUCAGUUCGACAUCUCUGGAAUCCAGUAUGCCCAGUCUAUUGAUGAGAGUGUCCGGUGAGAGUCCGAAGAGGCUGGAAUCGCUCGAGAAAACUGGUCACUUGGCGAAGCUCGGUGGCAAACUAAAAACCUGGCGGAAACGUUGGUUCGUCUUGAAGAACGGAGUGCUCACAUACUGGAAGAGUCAGAACGACGUAAAUCGGAAGCCGCAGGGUCAAAUUAUUCUGGAUGAAGUAUGCAGGAUAAACCGAGCAGAAGGCGCAGCUACGUUCGAAAUCGCAACCGGCAAGAAAACUUAUUACCUAACCGCGGAUUGCAUUGCGACGAUGGAGGAUUGGAUAAGAGUCCUUCAAAAUGUUCAGAGGCGAAAUGCCACGAAGUUGUUGCUCAGUAAGGAAGAUAAUAAACCGACGAUUCAGGGUUGGCUAACGAAGGUGAAGAAUGGGCAUGCCAAAAAGUGCUGGUGUGUCCUUAUCGGCAAAAUGUUCCUGUAUUUUAAGUGCCCUACAGAUACCAAUCCUAUUGGCCAAAUUAAUAUGAGGGAUGCUCGCGUUGAAGAAGUCGAGCACGUUUCUGACAGUGACAGCGAAGAAAGGGACGCCGAAUGUCCACAUGAGCGAACCAUUGGAAUAUUUCCUACCCACCAAGGACCUACGUACCUCUUAAUGCCUCAUAAGCAAGAUAAGGAUAAUUGGUUGUACCACUUGACCGUUGUUUCUGGUGGAGGACCUAGCGCGGGUACUCAGUACGAACAACUGGUUCAAAGGCUAAUGGAGGUCGACGGUGACCCCAGCUGCGUCUUGUGGAGGCACCCACUAUUGCUGCACACUAAGGAAAAUAUUACCAGCCCGCUGACCAGUCUUACCUCCGAAGCCUUGCAGACCGAGGCCAUCAAAUUAUUUAAGGCUUGUCAGCUGUUCAUGUCUGUGGCUGUAGAACAAGCCGGCAUAGACUAUCACGUCGUUCUCGCUCAAAACGCGCUCCAACAAUGCUUGGACCAACCAGAACUUCAAUCUGAAUUCAUAUGUGCUUUGGUAAAGCAGACUAGUCGCCACACCCAGCAGCGUUUGGGCGUACAGCAGCUCCUCCUCUGCGCCACGCAAUCGCUCUUCACCUGCGAUACGCAAAGUCCCGCGGCGAACGGCGCCGGCGAAAAUGCGGACGCACAAUCGACGGCCUCCACUUCUCACAGUCCUCCGCUCACGCAGGGCCACUCGACCGCAACGAUCUUGGACUGCAAAACUAAUCCCGCUCAGUACGUACUCGUCCAGGGCUGGCAGCUCCUGGCGCUCGCCGUCUCCCUCUUCUUCCCGAGGAACAAUCGGCUGCUCUGGUACCUGAAGCUCCACCUCCAGAGGAACGCCGACUCCAAGACCGAAUGCGGCAAGUACUCUGCCUACUGCGAACGCGCCCUGGAGAGGACGCUGCAGAACGGAGGGAGGGAGGUGAAGCCUUCCAGGAUGGAGGUCUUGUCCAUCCUCCUCAAGAACCCGUACCAUCAUUCCCUACCACACGCCAUUCCCGUUCACUUCCUCAACGGGACGUAUCAAGUGGUCAGCUUCGACGGCAGCACCACCAUCGAGGAGUUCCUUAACACUCUGAACCAGGAGAUCGGCUGCCGAGACGUUCAUCAGUCCGGAUUCUCUCUCUUCAGCGACGAUCCGAUCGAGAAGGACCUGGAACACUUUAUCGACUUGCAAGCCAAGCUUUGCGACAUCAUCUCCAAGUGGGAGACCGCUCUGAGGGAGAAGGGGUCCGGGAAAUUUGAAAACACUCGUGUAAUCCAGUUGACUUAUAAAUCCCGAUGUUACUGGCGGCAGGCUGCGAAGAUGGAGACCGACCGGGAACGUCUCCUGCUCUGUUACCAAAUUAAUCAGCAGGUCGUGCAAGGGAAGUUCCCCCUGAACCGUGAACUGGCGUUUGAACUUGCUUCGCUCAUGGCACAGAUUGAUUUCGGCGAAUAUAACAACGACAAAGCUAGAGGCAGUGGACCUGGAAAUAACCCUCACCAUCUCGUGCUCCAAGCUCUGGAUAAAUUUUACCCGGUCAGGUACAGAUCCAACAUCACUGCCGAUCAACUGAGGGAGCUGCAGGAGAAACUGCAGGAGAAGUGGAUCGGUUUAAAGGGUCGCAGUGUGCUGGACUGCGUGCGUAUUUAUUUAACUUGCACGAGAAAGUGGCCUUUCUUCGGAGCUACGCUUUAUCAGGCGAAGCUAAAACAGACCGAACCGGUCACCGUAUGGAUAGCGGUUUCGGAGGACAGCGUGACCUUGUUGGAACUGCAAACCAUGGCGGUCAUGUGCCGAUACAAUUACGCAAACAUCGUAACUUUCGGCGGAUGCCUCGACGACUUCAUGUUAGUUGCGUGCCCUGACGAGGGCGCUGCCGAGCAGAAGCUUUUGUUCGCGCUUAGUAAACCCAAGAUCUUGGAAAUAACUCUCCUAAUCGCCGACUACAUGAAUGCCUUGGGUCACGCAUUGCCCGGAACGCCUCAGAUGAACACCUUGACGCGCAAUGGAUCCCACCGGUCCAUAAAAUCAACUCUGAGGCCUGCUACUGUAUCGUUAUGACCUCCUACUUCAGGUUCAAGCUGUCUUCCAACGCAACCGGACAUUUUAAAAUCUACUCCGGACCACCAAAGACCCUGAAAAGACUGCAGGAUUUAUUUCGCCGCAGAAGCAACGUAUUUUACGACUGUCGGUACGUGGCUCUAAAGAGGCACUAAUUUUGCAUUCGACGAACGCCGAAGCGGGACGGAGUGUUCGAUUGAGCGAUCGGCUCUCGUUUAAGUAAAAUUAUUACCCGACGCUCGUGAAGUAGGGGAGACUCGGAGCUGCUCUGUGAAAGUUCGGAGUCAAAAGGGUUUCGAUCGGUAAACCGCGGGGAAUGAUAUACUGACGAGAACACUGCCUAAAUCAAUAAGUGUAAUCACAUCGAGUAGUUCCGUUGGAAGGCUAAAAGCAAUGUGCUGAAAUCUUUUGCUACCGUAUUUAUAUACCAGACCAUAAGAUAAAGUAAUUAAUAUCGAAGGUGGAGUUGCGUAUCGUGUACAUAUAAACAUUAGGUGUUAUAUGUCUAGAGAUUUAGAUGGUUUCAAAACAAGAGAAAAUGAAAAAUCUGUUACUAAGAUUCGAGACGUCCGCUCGAGGGAGUCUACUUCUUGCCAAAUCAAUGCAACACAUUAUGAGUAUGUGAAAUAUUUGGUGAACCACCGAGGAUAUAAAUAUUAGAAAGGAGAUAUGACAUUUUUGUAUUAUUUUUUUAAUCAAAGCACGGUCGAUGCAAUCGCGAUUGCGUUUCCUGGAGGUCAGUUUUUGCUUCGUAAUUGCAUACCGUUGUGUUUAAGCAAACGGAGGAGCCUCUUUCGCAUUUGUCGCAAGGUAUAAAUGAUGUCUCAAAAGAUAUAUGAAAUAUUUUCUACCAUACGCGAACGGUAAUGGUGUAUACGCUGACGGACGGCAAGUAUUGACAACAAUGUACAUUUUUCGUACGGAGAAUAUUGACGAAGGUUAAUAAAGUGUAAGCUGCUAGUUUCCCAGUAUUACAGUGUACAACAUUUCCUCCUGACUUGAAAAUAAACUUACAGGGCACCUCCGUUUACGUGAGCCUCUGCAUUGCUUACUCGUUUAGUGGCAAAUAUUAAGUCGUUUAAAAGGAAUAGUUUGAAUACGUUUGCCAGGAAUUUUGAAUACUUUGAGUAAUGUAUAAGUUUACCAACAAGUCUAUUAUUUUUUUUCUCUCGUUUAUAUCGAGAGCCUCGAAAAAGUGUAUCAUUUAUAUCGUUACUAGUAACCCUCUAUUAUCCAUAUUUUGAUAAUUACUAGUCUCAGCAUACUGCGUAUUUAUUUCACCGAGUAAACCAUUUAUUUUAUAUAAGGAGACGACCAAAUAGUUGUAAAGGAAGCGAGCAUUAUUUAACGACGUAACUCGGUAACGCAUGUAACAUCUGUAACUUGUCCUGUCGCUGUAAAAGUUUUGUACCCGUUUUACGCGUCCUGUGGAACUAGCAGACGUCUUCCUUUAUCAUCUAAUCACAAACGAAUAAAAAAAAAAAUUAUGGCAGGGCAAUUUGUAUAAUGCGUACAAAACUUCUGCACGAGAAUCCUGAGGAGCUGAGUACCAUUGUUGUGCGCACUAUUAAAAGCGGCAUUUUUAUGGCAAAUAGUUAUCAGAUUAUUGGGAAUGGUACAAGAAAAAUGCAAGAGUGGCACUUCAUCUCUAAUUUUUAUAUCGUAAUUACAUGCUAUUGCAUAGGUGCUUGUCACCUCUAAUACGAUACAUGAAAUUCACUCAUUUUGUAAAUAACAUACUAGACGUAAGUCCUUAGAUAUAUUAGAAUCAAUACGGGCAGCUGACAGGCAACGGAGUGCCAACAUCGAAUGCCCACAAAGGCCAUCUUUGCGGUGCGCUAAUCGAGCCUACCAUCUGUAGAUUUUUAUUUAUUAUUUAUUCGCGUAAAUUGGCGCACGAAUUGCGCGAAUGAUGUACGAUCAAGAAAUCAGGACAUUGUACUAUUGUACAAAGGAAUAAAUAAACUCUGCUGCAAA